CCUACAGAGGCUCAGAAAGACGGUCUCUCUCCUGCAGCACACACACACACUGACACACACAGCUGGAUGUGGAUUCUCCAUCUUAUUCCAUAAAUCUGAAGGCCACUCUGCCGGGGGGACAGCCAAACCCGCCUCAGGGAGCAGGAGAAUGGAGAACACCAUGUGACCGAUCCGUUUGCCACUGUCGACAGCAUGCUUCGCCUCCUCCGGACCUUGGCAUUCUGCCUCUGGUGUUCCUUGUUGCUUCAAAGGCAGGCUGUGGCCGACGAGGAGGCUCUCUGGGGAACAACGCCACCAAGAAAAAAGCCACCUGAGGAAAAACAAGGCUGGUAUCGGUGGAUGACAAAGAUCCCUAACCCCUUUUCCGGAGGCUCAAAUGGUGAAGAUGAGGCUGUUCUGCCAACCACGAUGGCCAGUCUGAUAGAGCUGACUGAUCGCUUGCAAGAGGACCUUGGUUCAGGGGAUGGAGGCAUUUCUGUGCCCUCCAAAUCAUCCACCACUUCAACUCAGGAGUUCCUACCCAGUGUGACAGAGACUAGAAAGGAAAAACUUCCCACAGGGACAUCAGAUUCUCAACACAGCACUACAGCGCAGAACAGCUACACACUUGUUUCAGACUCCUACUCUCCUACAAGCAGUUCUAUCAGACACACGGCUGACGAGAAAGAAAAAAAGCCACCUGAGAAAACACAAGGCUGGUUUGGUUGGAUGACAAAGAUCCCUAACCCCUUUUACGGAGGCUCGAAUGGUGAAGACAAUUCUGUUCAGUCUAGCAGUUCUAUCAGAAGUACUUUGCUCACCAACAGUCCCACCAGCACGAGCAGUCCUGAACAAAAUGCAACACAUACCCUCCCACUACAGAGCAGCACGCAAGCAGCCGGACCCAGCAUGGGUGCCACUACACAACACCUCCCAGAAGAACACACUGAUACAGAGGAGGCUGAAUAUUUUGCAGAAAAUAUCUCAUCGACGAUCGCGCCAGAAACUACAGUUCCCACUGCCUUGACAUGGGAAGAGUCCCAAACCACAACAACAAUCCCAGGACUUGCUGAAACCACACUGCCCAGACACACUCUGAGGCCUGUUACUACUCCCCCUACGUCCUCUGAAACCACAUUUGUCAAAAACCCUUUUGACACGACGAUUACUAUUACCCUCCAUGCUGAAGAGGCCAAAUUGAAGGAAUUUUACCCAACUCAGAGUGAGGCAGACCUGGGCUUCUCUGAGGCAAGGUCAGGACCUGUGGAGGAACAGCCAGGGGUGAUCACCACUGCCAUGAGGAUCAAUGGAGAACUAGUGCCGGAAUCCAUAACAAGCACAAGCCCGAGCCAGAGGGUUAACUUCUCAAUAGCAGGAGAGCUGCCAGGCAAAGAGGAUAAAGAGGAUGACGAGGCUGAGGAAGGUGGGGUUCCUUCAGGAGACGGGGACAGUGACACCGAGUUGGCAGACGUUCCUUCCCCAUCUGCUAAGCCGCUAACACCGUCCUCGCCGCAGAGCACAGGCAUUCCCAAAGAAACUGCCAAUAUUCCUGCGUACACAGAAGACUGGAUGACAGGUCUGAUGGACAGUGACAUCACCUUCCUACCUGACUGCAAUAAAGAGCGCUCUGGGAUUUGCAACCUCUCCGACACCUGGGACGUCACAACCCCCUUAGAUAUCAAGCCAACACCAAACACCACUGCCACAAACCAAUCGAUAAACCCCUUCCUGAUCCCAGCACCCCUCAUGUUAGUGCCCCUGUACACCGACUGGAACAGUGCCAUGGCAGCUUGGGGCCUUGCAUGGGAGGCGCAUGUUUACGGUGCUGGAUGCGCCUUCGCAAUGGUAACACUAGCCUCAGCACUCAAUCUGCUGUGCUUGCCCCUACGAUGCCCAUCCGGAUGUGGCUACUUUGCCCUGGUCAGCCUUUUUCUACUAGCUGCUGGUUGUACCAGAUCUUUCUCGCUACUAUACGAUGCCUACGGCCACCAGGACCGCUUACCCUCCACAGAGGCCUCACUGAUGCUCUACGAAGCACCGUUUCCCUGCUUGACUGCAGCUUUCGGCCUGGUAUUCCUUCUCCUCUCCAUGCGCUCCAGAAUGCAGCUUUCUUACUCAGCUUUCCAGAGACCGUGUUUCCUGGCCUGCCUUGUUGUCCUGCACUUUGCCGCUGCAUUCGGACCCGUGACGUUGCUGAAGCUCUACCAGGAAAAGCCUCCCCUUUGCCUCUUUCUUUCACUUCUCUCCCGUGGAGCCUUUGUCGCACUGUCCACAUUGUCUGCUGCCUAUUUUGUGUUCUACAUCUACGUGAGGGCGGACUCCAAGCACAUCUACCACCUAAAUAACACUUCUCCAACUCCAGCUGAGCGCUACAACCGCUGCCCCUUUGCUGAGAGUCGGGACUGGGACCGUGCCGCUGUAACCGUCUGUCUUUCAGCAUUGUUUUCUCUAGCUUGUGCAGGACUGCAGUUGUACGCAAUUCUCAACGCUCUGGGUGUUGCAGGUGGGGAGGAGGUCUUCCAUCCUUGGCCCUGGUGGGCUUUUCAAUUCAGCUGCAGACUGUGUGAGCUGGGAAUCUGCCUCACCUUAGCCUUGGUGGUUGCACAACCUGUCUAUUGUUCUGACCACCUCCCGGCUGCAGGGAGCUGCUGGACAGAACUGCUGGCAACCAAGUCCCCAAUCCUGCCUGGGACCUACCAGUGGAACCUGAGCCAGCAUGAAAAGCUUGCGAUUGUUGAUACAGGAGGGCUCGGAGAGACAGAAAGCCUUCCUCUUUACACUCUGAUGGAUGAAAGGCUUGGCUGCAGUUUGAACGGCCUGGACCUUCUCUACCACAGCAACAGGGCCUUGGCUUAUCGAGAUUUAGACUUGGAUGACUUGCAGGGUUCAGCAAAACCUGAAGAUGGAGGAGGCAGAGAUCCCUCAGGUGGAUCUUCAUUUAACAGUGACUCCACAACAGACCUGCGGCCACCUUCACCCAUCAACCUGCGCCGCAGUAUAGACGAAGCACUCUUCAGUGAUUCCCUCUUUCCCAUGAGCCUCUUCAGCCCCACCAGGCCCAUUCGAUGCAGUGAUCUAUCAAUGAACAACCAUUGUGCACUUCCCAGCAAUGGCCUCUGUGAUCCCCUUUCGUCUGACGCUGGCCUGUAUCGGACCUCAUCCUGCGUUGAGAUGACCUCCAUACCCAAACCCCCUCGUACCCAAUCUCAAGGAGACACUGUUGAAGGUGCUCCACCAUCUCCCUCCCUGUCCUCAUCCUCCAGCUGCUCCUCUCCUGAUCGUUGGAGGGGCAGCUCAUCCUCCUGUUCCCUCUACAGAACCUCUCUGGGAGGCUCCUCACUGGUCCUGUGCCCUAGCCCAGAGAGAGGCUCCCUUCAGCUUCAGCAGCAAGGGGGUACAGGCCAAGUGCCAUCCUCUGGCCACCACAGUCAUGCUGACCCGCAAAGGAACUAUCAAACACUGGGUGCAGCCUCUCAGGAGAGUCUGGACCUGGACAUGUCGUCUGAGGCAGACCGAUCCGUGCAGGAGGAGUUCAUCAGUGUUUGCAGACAAAUCGAUGCCUUAAGCAUCUGCAGCGAGACUAUUGAUUUAUAAAAAGGACUGUCCGGUCAAACAAGGGUUACAAUGAGGACGUUUUAAGGAGGGUGCAAGUGGACUGUCAGAGUUUUUGUUUCUUUUGUAGAGUAUGGUAGCUUUUGAGUACACAAUGACAGACCAACAGCUGCCAAACUGAGGGUUUUUGGAGGUUUGAUGAGGUUUCUAAAAGUGGUCAGAAGUGAAUGUCUAUGAGGGUCAAAGUGCCAAGAAUGUCAAAAGCCAAAAGGUAAUUUGUAACUUUUACAUGUUUGAUAACGGCUGGCGAAGUUUGAUACAGUCAAAAGAAUUGUAACAUUUUACUGGAGUGGAGAAAAAGAAGAAUUUAUUUGUACAAAUGUUUUUAUUGCAUUCAGACAUUCCAAUAGAUAGUACUGUGACUGAAUUAAGCACUUAUUAAAUACUACUGAAGUCAUACCCUUUUCAAACUCUGCCAAAAUCACUCAUUACAUCUCAUGUUUGAUAAUAUAACUGAGUCUAUCUAUAAACUCUCCAUAUCAACAUGCCGCUUAUUUUUGGAGUAAUGGUGCAGCAGUGCCCUCUACUGGUAAAAAGCACACUAUGUUACCUUAUCCUCCAACAUUAAUCAUCAAUGGAUUAUGCUUCUACUCACACUUGACCGGCUUACUAAUUUAUUUAUGUUCAUACUUUGCUCAAAAUAAUGUUUAAUAAAGUUUGUUUUAUAAGG